UCUUUACAGUAUGUCAAAAUAUGUAUGCAUUCCAGUACUUUAUAUAUAAUUUCUGGCGUAAAUGUGAAUAUAUGAGAAUCACAUACUAUAAUUAGCCAUGACAAGAGUAUAUUGUGAACAAGUUAUCUUUGCUUGUAUUAAUGUCAAAUAGGAUAAUCCUUUAUGUUGAAUAACUAUAUUACGCAAUUUGUUAUGUAUUAAACAAGUAAUUUAAUUAUUGAAAUAUACGCGUAGUUCCUAUUCCAUGAAAUAAACAAAAGACAAGAAUUUUUUUUUUUACAAAAAUAGUUUGAAUAUAAUUUAAUGAUAACACCAGCAUUUUAAAAAUAAUAAACUAAUUUUAGUAAAUCAUUGAAAGAACUUAUCGAUAAACUAUGUAAAAUAUCAUUUUUCAUUUCAAAUUCAUAAAGUAAGUUGUCAGUCCUGUCUAAUUCAGCAAUACCGGCAACAUUUUAACCUCAAUAAAACACGUUAACCAUCCCAUUCCUUUCUUUUAUCCAAUGCUUCAAUCCAAGUCUAACCUCUGUGUUAUACAUACAUCGGCGUCCAUUUGUGCUGACUGCUAAGUGGCGAUGUGUGCGUGUAAUUGAGAGCGUUCGGGUUCCGCAAGUUUCAGCUUCUUUCUCUUGACUAGAAACGGCGAAACAUGCCCAAAAGCGAAGUCAAUACCGCGGUGUCGACGUCGUCGUACUGCUUCUCGUGGGACGACUAUCAGAGUCACUUCUCAUCGGUGGUGCGCCAACUCCUCGACGAAGAAUGUAUGCUCGACGUGACCCUCUGUGCCGGCGGGGAGCGCAUCCAAGCUCACCGCCUGGUAUUGUGCGCCUGCAGCGAUCUUCUGGCAGAUUUGUGCAGCCAGGUUAGCGAUGAUCAUAUUACGGUCAUCUUGGACGACAUCGAUCCUAAAGACGUCAGAUCAAUUGUAGAGUUUAUUUAUAAUGGAGAGGUCAGAACUCCAGUUGAAAAUAUCAACAACUUCUUGGCUGCUGCACAAACUCUUAAGAUACAAGGUUUGAUGGAAGUGAUGGAAAGUGAAGAGAAUGAGAUUAAUGUUACAGAUGAUUGUCAAGAAGUACAAUUGUUUGAUGAGUUCAGUCAAGAUGAUGAUGAUGAUGGCAUGAUAGAGUUAGAAAAAGUUACAGUUGAGAAUAAUGAACAAGAUGAAAUGAAAAUAGAGAUAGAUAAGGAAGAAAACUCUGAUACAAUGGCAAGAAGGCGAAGGAGGAGUGUUUGUAAAAAAGAAUACACUGAUAAAAUGUUAACCAAUGCAAUAAAUGAUAUUAAAGCUGGUACUUCACUAUUGGAUGCUGCUGCCAAAUUUCAUAUACCAAGAUCAACACUGUAUAUGCGAGCAAAAAUACUAGGUUUAACAUUGAACAAUCAUAAAUGUGACUACACAGCUGACGACAUGAAAGCAGCAAUAGAUGCAGUUAUUGCUGGCUCUAGUUUACAAAAUGCUGCAGAUAGUUUUGGCAUACCAAAGACAGUUUUAUGGAGGAGAAUACAAAAAGAAGGUCAUGUGUACAGGACAGAAACUAGAAGAAACUAUGAUGCAGAAAAAAGAGAAGCUGCAGUCAAAGCAUUAGAGAGAGGAGAAGCUCUGACAAAAGUUGCUCAAGAGUAUCAGAUUCCAAAGACGACAUUAUUUAGAGAUAAAGUACGUUUGGUAGAUGAAGGAAGAUUACCAGAGUCAGAUAUGAAAAGACGCAAGAGUUAUAUAGAAGGGGAAAAACGACUGGCACUGGAAAAAGCAGUAGCUGCAUGUAAAAAAGGAACUAUGUCUCAAGCGACUGCCUCUAUAACUUAUAAAAUUCCAAAAACUACAAUUUGGAGGCGGCUUCAAAGGGAUGCCGCCAAAACAGAGAAUAUUGAAACAACAAAAUUACUAUUUAGAAAAGGACAUUAUCAAUUGAAAAAGAAAGAGGAUAACAAAUCGGAAAAUUUACCUGAUUCAAACUUCGAAGUUUACUGUGAUGAGGAUUCACAAAUCGAUCUUACCUAUAUUGAAGAUUCAAAUAUGUCAAAUGAUCCAGUCAUAAUUUUAACAAGCGAUACCGCUCAUGAAUUGAAUUUAGAAAAUAAUCGACUUGUAGUUGUUCAAGAUGACACUGAAGAUAACUAUAUCACGUGUGGAUUGGAAUUAAAUGAAAAUUCAUCUUUUGAUACCAAAAGUUAACGAAGUAGUUUGCAGGAAGCUUGUAAAUAGUUUUUAAAAUAAAUAUAGCUGAAACUGUGUGAACUGCAAGCGUUCCUCGUGAAAUCAAGAAAAUAUUUUUGAUUCUAUACAUUAUUAUUUUUAUUAUAUUCAUACUAUAUACAAACUUGAACAUUUUCUAACAUUAGUAAUUCAUGUUGAUAUGCGGGUGAUAUUGAAAAGUUUUCAUUCUAAAUAUUAUUAGAAGAUUUUUCUUAGUUGUACAAUGUUUUGAUUUAUAACUUGAUAGCUUCACUGUAAAUAACUACAGCAAAAA